CGCUGUCGGGCAAGCUGGAGCAGUCACGCUGGUUGUGAGUGCCGAGCCUGUCUGGAGCGGGGGAUCAGCUGCGCCUCAGACUCAUUUACUGUUGGAGCUUUGGGAGAAGAUGCAGCCGCUGUGUGACUCUGACUGUGAUGGCCUAAGUGCACUGAUGGAAUGUGGAGGUGCCGUGAACUCCCCCGGAGACACAAUGGGACAGUCCCCUGCACAUCUAGCAGCAUGUGGGGGACAGGCUUUUUUCCUGCUUUGGCAGCUGCACACUGGAGUGGAUGUAAAUCAGCAGGACUGCUUUGGAGAAGCUCCUAUUCAUAAAGCUGCUCGCUCAGGAAGCAUGGAGUGUCUGAGCCUGCUGGUCGCUAGUGAUGCCAGAAUAGAUAUGUGUAACAGAGAUGGGCACACGGCAGAAGAAGUGGCUUUGUCCUGUGGGUUUAUAGACUGUGCGAGGUAUCUCGCUACAGUGAAGCUCACGCAAGACACAUUUUCCCGAGCGCAGUCGUCCAUGCAUGAUCUGAAGGAGACAGCCGCCCAAUUAAAACGAGGGAAAUGUUGUCAGUCAGUUUCGCAUGGCAAGAGGCGGCGCUCUGAUGGUUUUGUCUAGUCGCACUGUUAAUUGAAGAUUGGGGAGAUGAUCACCAAUUGUGAUUCAACAGUCGCUUGAUGGCUUACAUUAAGCUGGACAAUGGACCUUUCUUGUGGAAAGAACAUGUAUAUAGUAAAGGCACUGCUUAUAUAAGCUUUUUAUAUUGUAAUAAAUCUCUUUUUCUAA